AAAAUGAUGCACGAAAUGUCUGCUCCAUCUGGAGGAGUGGGUUCGUCCAGUGUAGGGAGCAGAUUAGCUGGUGAAGAACCUCCUCCUUCCGCGACAAAUGGGUCGCAGAGUGGUGACAGUUAUCAGCCUUUUGGAGCCCCCAAACAGUCACCCAUAUACACACCUUCGGCUGUUAAGCAAUCAGGGUUUUCAAACGGCAACACUGGAUUUCAAAAACCUGCUGCCGGUGCAAGCAAUCUUAGCAUGCAAGCAAUGACACAAACAGCCAUGGAAAAGGCAGAAUUUUUGAAGUCUUGGAGUGUAAAAACGUACAAAUGUACAAAGCAAAUAUUAUCAGAAAGAUUGGGCCGCGGAACAAAAACCGUUGAUGUAGAGCUAGAAGCGAAAAUUGAAAUACUACGAGACACAAAACGCAAAUAUGAAAAUCUUGCUGCAGUUUCACAGGCUUUGAGCACUCAUAUUUCAAACAUGAUGCAAGCCCAACGUGUACUCAGUGAAGCGUUUAAUGAGCUUUCUCACAAGUCAAACGAGUUGAAAGAAGAGUUUCGGUACAAUUCGGACACUCAACAAGUUCUUGUGAAAAAUGGUGAAAGCUUGCUUGCAGCUAUUCAAUUUUUCAUUAACGGCAUCAAUACAUUGUGUAAAAAGACCAUGGAAGACACUCUCCUAACGGUUACGAAGUACGAACAGGCAAGAGUGGAAUUCGAUGCUUAUCGGACUGAGUUGGAAACUUUGGCACUAUCUCCGAGAACAGCAGCAACUGUUUCAAAACAAGGAGCCGCUGAAGUUAACUUCAACAAACAGAAAGAACUUUAUGAAAAACUGAGGAAAGAUGUUGGAGUAAAACUUCAGUUUUUGGAUGAAAAUCGUGUCAAAGUCAUGCAGAAACACCUCCUAUUGUUCCACAAUGCUGUAACUGCAUUUUUUGCAGGAAAUCAACAGAUGCUUGAAGCUACGUUACAACAAUUUAGCGUAGCUCCGAAGUUACCAGGACAAACCAAGUCAUCUUUUCUAGAGAAGGAAUAAACUAUGAGUCGGACAAAUUUGCGAUGUGCAAAUGUUAGUUUAUGAAUAAAUAUGUUAUGUUAAGAUUUGCACAAAUGAAGCAAACCCCCAGAAAAACAAAACUAUGCUCUUGGUGCUUUUAUACUUUGUGAAAACAAAUACGUAUUUUUUUGGUAUGAGUGGAGGUAUAUUCAUCGUAUCGCAUAACAUUCUUGCUUAAUUCUAAUCUAUGAUAAAUACAACAAGUCGAUUGUUGGACUAUAAUGCGACAUGACCACUGAUCUGACCGGGAUUCUCAGAUCCAAUAUUCUUUGUAGAAGGUUACUGGUUUAAAUUUUCUUCAUGUACAUCUAAUUUGGAUUCUGAUAUCGAAAGUUGUAAAGUUAAUUUUGCGAAACAGUAAGUUUAUUAUUUAAAUGACCCUUUAUGGGCUUGGAAACCUUCCCUCAUUCCCGAAUUAUCGCAUAUAUUCUACAAUCAAUUGGACAACCAACAUCUGCUGACCUUUUCUUCUCAAUAAUAGUCCCAUUUGUAACUCCUAUUAAUGUGUCAGAUGUUUUUUGGGUGCUACUAUCAACAUUGAUAUUCCCCCUUGAUUUGAGCAUCAUUCCCUUGAAAAAAACGAUGCAUUUGAAAUGGAUAUAUCAAUUUAACUCUUGUACUCUCAGUUAUGGAAACUUAGUAAUGACAAUCUUUCUUCUAAAAUUACUCAUUUAGCUUGUUGAUGUCUGUUUAGUUUUUCGUAGCAAAUUGGCAACUUUAUUUUAUCGUAGAUUUGUCUUAUUUACUGAUAUAGUAUAAUUAGUAUGGUUGCUUUUUAUUAGCCAAUCAUUUCCUUUAUUAUUUAACAUUGUCUGAUAUUUCUUACCGUUUUAUUGUGAAAUUUGUAUCAUUUAACUUGAGCAUUCCUUUAUGAAGUAUAUCUCAUUUGUGGGUGUUCUCUCCUGUAUUAUUAAGCACAAUUUUGAUUUGUAUAUAUGUGCCAAGGCAAUGGACCAUAUCAAGCUGUCCUAUUCUACCUUUACUUGUGUGGGUUUUAAAGUCAUCUUGACCUUUUAUCAAGUCAAUUUAAGUGUAUUCCUAUAUGAUUUUUAUCAACUAGAACCCCUGCUUCAAAAAUUUGAAAGGAAUAAAAAUUUAUGAGCUGAAAAGGAUAGAUUUUACUAUGCGUAUGAAGUAUUAAAAAAUUCUAAAUAUUGAAAAUUAAUUAGAUGGUUCGAAGCUGGAGCCAUUAAUGUUUCUGGUAGCUCGGGCUUCAUCUAACAGGGUAAGCUUGACUUAAACUCCGCCAAAAUGUCAUUGCUCCAGAUUCCGGCUCCCCAGCCAUGGCCACAAUACCAAUGAAUUUUGCAUGACGUAAAUGAUGAUUGUGAUAUGCACAAGGUAUCUUUUUCCAUGCAAUGAAAUAAUCUAACAAUUAUCCAAAAUUGCCCAGCAUGGCAUUAUUGGUUUUUCAUGUUCAAUAUUCAUCUAUUAAUAAAUAGCCACGAUGGUCCAAAGUUAAUUAAAAGCUUGGCUGCCAAAUAAUUCGACCUAAAAUCAGGUCGAAAAAUUGUGUCUAGAAAAUCGGCUUAGUAUCUGGAAAAUACAGUAUAUCUAAAAGACAUGGUUAGUGUGGUUAUACCCAUGAAGUUGAAGUUCCUCGAAGUAUUUUGCCAACUGGUACUAUUAGUAUUUUUGUUCUUAUUUGGCUUGUAAUGGCCAAUAUACAUAGUAUACUGCAGUCCUACAGUUCGCAGUCGGCACCAUGCAUAUUUAUGAUAGUAUUUUUCACAAUGUUUUGUGUCAAUUUAUUAUUAUAUAUAUUUCUUUUGUAAAUCUAUGUAAAACUUAUAAUUUAAUGUGUAAUUAGGUGGUGGGUUGUUCAGAUAUGGCAGUUUAUUUUCCUGACUGAGCGUUAUAUUGUAUAUUUCAAGCCGGUGUUUCUGAAACGGGGGUUUGUGAAAAUUGUACAUGUUUCAAGACUUGUUCUCAGAAAUCUCAUUCUUUUUUUUGUUUUAUGAAAUUAAGGCAUUCACCCAGUGUGCGGUUGCUCUGUUAAGUAAAAAUGCAUAAUUGCGAGUUUAUCACAUUACAUUUUCGCUGAAUAAGACCUUUAUUUAUCCAUAACCAGUCUGUGGCUGCUUUAGCGAUUUUGAAAGGCUCCACAAAGAGAAAAAAAGGUGAAAAAAUACUGUUUUAAGAAUUCAAGCCCUUUUCAGGGUGAAAAUUUGAUUAUACAAUGAACCAGUGGCAGUGUUUAUCAGCCUUUUUGGUUUGAAGAUAAAUUAAAGCUCAAUUCAAAUUCCCAUUUCCAUAUAGAAUAGUAUAUUGUGAUUUGUGACCCACUCUGUUAAAAAGUGUAAGACAUUGAAAGAUUUAAUAGUGUCGUUUAAAAACUCCCAAGUGGCAAAUUGAAAUUUCAACAUUUUGACAGAGGCUUCAUUACUAAGCGCUGGCUUAUGUAACUAAUAAAAAAAAAAAUUUAUUACAUGGAAUGCAAAUGGGAUAUCUUGUGUUGAAAUUUAUAUAUUAUAUUGGCUAUCCUAUUGUUUACUAAAUGCAAACCUCCCUUUUAAAAAUCCGUAUAUACGCUUGGUGCCUAGGAUCUUAUUAUAUGCCAAAUUAAUUUUGUUGUAUAACGCUUUCUGGGGGGGCCAUCGACCAUUGGUUACUUAAUUGUCUGGAUUCGUUUUAUGCUCGGUUUUUGAGCAGCAAUUUGUGAUGACAAGUUUAUAUUGUAGAAAUUUUGAAAUAUUUAGAUCCAGUGCUAGUAUAAAUGUGAAAACUUUGGUGCUAUUAUAGCAUGGGAUUGGCCCAAGCUUGUUUUUUAACGAGAGGCAUACAUUUUCCAUCCCUAAUGGAUAUCACUUAUUUUUAUACAUUAUAUUUAGCCAUUAAUGCUAUGGAUCUGACCCUAACCCAAAUACAGUAGAACUCAGACAGCGCCUGCGUAGCUGACAUAAUGGUGGUGGACCUCAAGACAUAAUAUUAUCAAAAUUCCCAAUAAAUGAUUAUUUUUGUUGUUAAUUUGGUUUCUGUGCCGCAAGCAAAUGUUAUGAAAUGAAAAUUAUUUAUUUAUAAGAAAUAUCAGAAUGUCUCUGAUAUUUGAAAUUUGUACAAAAAAUUUCAAUUUAAUAUUGACUAUUACUGGAUGGAGUGUAAUUUAGAAAAUAUCUGAGCAUCGUCAAAAUGCCUCAAAACUUUAUUAAACAUUUGAUCAAUAUACACAAUAUGUGCUUGAAAUUGGCCCAAUAUUUUGAAUUUAAAUCCAUGUUAAAUAGAUUUUUCCCUGGAGAGUCUAGGUACCUGUAAAUUGAACCUUGUAAAUUUUAUUGUUUUGAAAGCUAGUAAAUGUCAUAAAAAAAUGAUUGAUGACCUGUAUUCGAGCGCAUUUUCUAAGAAAACAAUUAGAGGUCUCGAGAAGAGUGCUUUUAAUGAAAACAUUUUUUUUUGCACCAGACGGUGGUAUUUUUUAAUGGAUCAGGUCGUCUUAAAUUUCAAUUUCCUAUUUUUGCUUUAUUUUUCUCAAUUUAGGUAGAACUGAGGGUAUAGAAUAAAAUAGAUGCUGCUCUAUCCUUUCCUUAUUUAUGCCUGACCAAUGAAGCUUAUUUUUCACUUUGUUGGUAUCUCAGUUUGGUAUAGAAAUGUAAUAUAGAGGGUUUCAAGACAAUAGGGCGAAAUUUGAAUUUUGAAAUAAUUUUAUGAGGAAAAAUUAUGAAGAAAAAUCUGCUUUUUGAGCUGUUUUAUUAUUCAAAGUUUGAUGGCAUAUUUACCAAAGUUUCAACAAAAGAUUAAAGAUGCUGGUAGUGCCCUUUUGAGUUGAAGCCCUUGGAUUAUUAUUGUGAAUUUUUUCAUGCAAUUUGCUUGUAGUUAUUAAGCUGAUAUUAUUAAUGUUUCUUAUAAAUGAAAUUAGUUAUUUGAAGAUAUUGUUGUAUUUGAAGGGUUCAAGCUAAUCUGACCAUUUUUUCGAAUAUCAGUUUUGGAUAAUUAUUCUGCUUUUCAGUAAAACAUUGUUUUUUUUAUGUACAUUCAAGCAAGGGCAAACCACAGAAUUCGUAUUUUAUGCUUGCUCCAUGUUUGGCCCAUUUUCAUCAAUUUGUACCAGAAUGUUUAAUGGGUCCACUCUACUUUGGUACAGUUCCGCAAAUCACAACCCUAAAAUCAAUAUUAGUGUAAUCAGUUUGCUAUAGCGUGAAGUUUGCCUAUAUGUGUCGCCUGACAGGUGUCAUAUCUUUACUCGGCCUGAACUAGUUCAUAUUGAUUGAGGGUAAUUCAAAAUGUUUCACCCUAACUCUAGCAGGGAUCCACUUAAUAUUAAUGAGGUAGAUCUCAUGCGUAUAGUACUAAGUAACUUGAGAUAGAUCUCACUCUAUAGUACCAGCUUAUGAGUGGUUUAUGAGAUCUUACGCUAUAUGGUGGUAGACCCCACGCUCAUAGUACAAGCUUGAAGUAGAUCUUACUCUAUAGCACUGCACACUCCGAGUUUAUUUGUGUAUUAUUCCCUGCAAGGAUGAAUUUAUCAUCCUUUUAUUUUUCAUUUUUUUGGUUUUCAAGGUAGACCAAGUACCAAAGUAGACAAACCCAUUCUUACAACAGCACUAUAGUAUUGUAUUUAUUAUCCAUGCAUGUAUUGGUCUCUAAACUGAAUCCGCUUAAUUUUUAGA